CCUACCCCUGGAUCCCAGCCGAGUUCUGAGCGUAGACUGCUCGGCGUUUCGCGGGCUGCCGCUUCCCCCUUCUCCCUCGGUGUGUUUUGUUUAAAUGAGAAACAUAGAAGGGGCGGGCCCUGGGCGAGCGUGUAAUCGGAUAGCUCUGCCUUUCUGUCUGACAUCCACAUGCUGCUCUGCCUGAAAAGGCUGCGAGGAAGCCGAGAGGCAGGCAAAGGAAGGGAAGAAGGCGCCGACACCGCACAUCUCCAGAGAGGAGCCACUGAACGCAAAGGCGGCGGCGGCGGCGGCGGCUUGGGGCACAACUCCAGCCGGGAGAUCUUCCAGCUUGAAGGCGGCGGUGGCGGCGGCACCACGAAUCAAGCAGCACUUUAGUAUUCAUUCCCGGCGCUGCAUCCGGAAAGCGUCUCUAGCGUGAAACUGACCAGCAGCAGCGCAAAGUGGCAGAACGCGGGCAAGGGACAGGAGACGCAGCCUGACUCCAGGGGAUGGCAAGCAGCGCUUGAGAGACAGACAGACGCGUGCGUGCGUUGUGAUCUUGCUCUUCGCUGCGGAAGAGCUCGGGGUGUGUGUGUAGAUCUGAGGCUCGGGCGGCUGUUUGCGAUGCCAAGGCGACACAUUUCUUUGGGUGGCUCUCCGAGGAACAUCGGCGGUGAUACUGCGUUAAAGGAAACGACACUUUGAAGAAUUGGAGGCAUCGCGCGCUCUCUCGUGCUCCCCCCCUUCUCCGGCAUACGCGUGUGCGCGUCUCUGCAUUUAUCCAUCGCCGUGUGUCAUUUUGUGUAUGCGCGUCUUAAUAAGCGGCUGCCAGCGCCUCCUCCUCGCCUGACUUUAAGGAGUUUCCCUCCGGCUUGUGGAUCCUUUUUGGAAGCGGGUUUAUCACCGCGCGGAAGGGAGGCAGCCCCGAAGAGGGCUGCAAACGUUGGGCGAAGGGAAUUCUACGGCUCAGUGUCACCUCGGAAGGAGAGGGGCUUCGCAGUUGCAGAGGCAAAGCCCGAUCCAACGUAGCUUGGGAGGAAUCGCCCUUCUGCAGCCAAGAUUUCCUUCCACGCGGCUACCACCACCACCCUCCCCCAAAUGGAUACAUUUCCUCUCCUCUGGACAUUUCUGCUUCUGUACCUGGCCGGAUCCGGCGUCCUAGGGCAAGCAGCUCAACCAUGUGGGGGCCGCCUGAAUUCCAAAGACGCUGGCUAUGUCACUUCACCUGGCUACCCGCAAGACUACCCAUCCCAUCAAAACUGCGAGUGGAUCAUUUAUGCUCCGGAACCCAAUCAGAAGAUUUUCCUGAACUUCAAUCCUCACUUUGAAAUUGAGAAACAUGACUGCAAAUAUGAUUUUAUUGAGAUAAGGGAUGGAGACAGUGAAUCAGCCGACCUUCUAGGCAAGCACUGUGGAAACAUUGCUCCUCCUACCAUCACCUCAUCAGGCCCUUCUCUCUAUAUAAAAUUCACCUCUGACUAUGCACGUCAAGGUGCCGGCUUCUCCCUGCGCUAUGAGAUCUACAAGACAGGCUCUGAAGAUUGUUCUAGAAACUUCACCAGUUCGAAUGGUACUAUUGAAUCACCAGGAUUUCCUGAUAAGUAUCCUCAUAAUUUGGACUGUGCUUUCACCAUCAUGGCCAAGCCAAAGAUGGAGAUCAUCCUUCAGUUUUUAACCUUUGACUUAGAGCAUGACCCCUUGCAAGUUGGGGAGGGAGAUUGCAAGUAUGAUUGGCUGGACAUCUGGGAUGGUAUUCCUCAAGUUGGUCCCUUGAUUGGCAGGUACUGUGGCACUAAAACCCCUUCAGAUAUCCACUCAACUACCGGCAUCUUGUCGCUCACAUUCCACACGGACUUGGCAGUGGCUAAAGAUGGUUUCUCUGCUCGCUAUUACUUAGUCCAGCAGGAGGCACCAGAGAAUUUUCAGUGCAACAGCCCAUUAGGGAUGGAAUCCGGCCGAAUCUCCAAUGAACAGAUCACAGCCUCCUCUACUUACUCUGAUGGCAGGUGGACCCCACAGCAGAGCCGACUCAAUAGUGAUGACAAUGGAUGGACUCCUAAUGUGGAUAACAACAAGGAAUUCUUGCAGGUGGACCUUCGCUUUCUGACUGUGUUGACGGCCAUUGCUACGCAGGGUGCCAUUUCCAGAGAAACACAGAAUGGGUACUAUGUCCGGUCGUACAAACUGGAGGUCAGCACAAAUGGUGAGGACUGGAUGAUGUACCGUCACGGCAAAAAUCACAAGGUAUUCCAAGCUAACACUGAUGCUUCAGAAGUGGUUCUGAAUAAGAUCCAUGCUCCAGUACUAACUCGGUUUGUGCGGAUCCGCCCCCAAGUUUGGUACAGUGGAAUUGCGCUCCGUCUGGAGCUCUAUGGCUGUCGGAUUACAGAUUCACCCUGCUCAAACAUGCUGGGGAUGCUUUCUGGGCUCAUCCCAGACUCCCAGAUCUCAGCUUCCUCUACCAGAGAGUAUCAUUGGAUUCCCAGUGUAGCACGCCUGGUCAGCAGCCGUUCAGGAUGGUUCCCGCACAUCCCUCAAGCGCAGCCUGGGGAGGAGUGGCUGCAGGUAGACCUGGGAGUCCCCAAGAAUGUGAAAGGUGUGAUUACCCAAGGGGCCCGAGGUGGGGACAGCAUCAAUGUGGCAGAGGCCCGAGCCUUCGUGAAGAAGUUUAAAGUGGCCUACAGCAUGAAUGGAAAAGACUGGGAAUUUAUACAGGACUCAAGAACAAUGCAACCUAAGAUUUUUGAAGGAAACAUGCACUAUGAUACUCCAGAAGUUCGAAGGUUUGAUCCUGUUCCUGCUCAGUACAUCAGGGUUCACCCAGAAAGGUGGUCUCCAGCAGGGAUUGGGAUGCGACUGGAGGUGCUUGGGUGUGAUUGGACUGAUGUAAAGUCCACUGCAGAGACUCUGCAGCCCACCUUGAAGAGCGAGGAGACUACCACUCAGUUUCCCACUGAUGAAGAGGCAAUGGAGUGUGGUGAUGGCUGUUUGGAGAAUGGAGAUUUCCAGAUUCCUGUGGGAUUCAACUGCAACUUUGAUCUUCCUGGAGACAUUUGUGGUUGGACGCAUGAUACAACUACAGGAUUUACGUGGACUUUUCAUUCAAGAAACACCUGGACUAGUCAUUUGGGACCAGACAUCGAGGCCUAUCCAGUGUGUAGAUGCAGUGAUGGGAGAAGAUUCAGAAGCCAAAUUUCUGCUUGUUGCACAGCUGUUAAAGAUGAUAAGAACUAUUUGAGACUGCAGAGCAGUGCAAGAAGAGAAAAACAGCAUGCCCGUCUGAUUAGCCCCAGGGUGGUCUUGCCCAGAAGUGCUGUGUGCAUGAUAUUCCGAUAUCAGGUAUCCAGUGGGAAAGGGACAGCGCUGCAGGUGCGGCGGGAAGCAAUGCAUGAGAGCAAGUUGCUGUGGGUCAUCCGGGAAGAUCAAGGGGACGAGUGGAGAGAAGGCCGGAUCCUUCUGCCUAGCUAUGAUAUAUCAUAUCAGAUUGUGUUUGAGGGAAUUGUAAGCAAAGGACAUUUGGGUGAGAUUGCCAUUGAUGAUGUCCGGAUAGGCACUGAUACCUCCUUGGAGAACUGUAUGGAACCCAUCGCAGCUUUCCCUGGAGAACACACAUUUGAAAUUUCAGUAGAUUUCCCAGCUUUGGAGGAUGAUAUUUCAAUUAACAGGGAAGACUUUGGAGAAGACGGUGAAGAUGACUACUUUGGCUUGGAGAAGAACAAUACGGUGUUUUCAACAAACUCUCCACUAACCCCAAAGAUGGACAAAGAGAAUAGCUGGUUGUAUACUUUGGAUCCCAUUCUGGUCACCAUCAUAGCCAUGAGUUCUCUUGGUGUACUCCUAGGGGCAAUUUGUGCUGGGUUGCUGCUGUACUGCACCUGCUCCUACACUGGCUUGUCCUCUCGGAGCUCCACUACCCUGGAGAACUACAAUUUUGAGCUUUAUGAUGGCAUCAAGCACAAGGUCAAAAUGAACCACCAAAAGUGUUGCUCUGAGGCAUGACUGAUUGCACCAGAAUCGCAUUUGACAUUUCAUUCCAGCAAGAGUGGCUGACGAAGAUUACUUUUUAUAUGGGAACUGAAUGCCAUAAUCUUACACAAGCCAGUGCUGGAAUACUGAAGUGGGGAGGAGUCAUUGACAGCCCUGUUGUUUAAAAAGAAGAAAACAAGAGGAAAGAGGCAGGCAUAAACUUAUGGGGGGGAAGGAAAAUCUGCGAGAACUAUGGCUAAUUAUUUUCAUGAUAAGAACUGGGUUGGGGCCAGCAAAGGAGCUGCUAUGCUUAUCAUUGUUAUGUCUUCGACAAGUGAAUCAAUUCCACAAGAGUCAAAAUGUUCGGUUCGUAUUUAGGAAGUGAGAAACAAAAUGUUGAGCAUUAUUUUCCACUUCCUUUCCCUAAUGGGAUGGCUGAGAAAACUCCAUAGUGUUUCUCUCCCCCCCCCCAUUCCUUUUUUGCUGGCCAUGCUUAUCUUUAGAAAUUAGACACAAUCACACAUACAAGCCCCCAUCAAGCUUAUCACCAUUCAGAAAUGCUCCUUGAUUUUAUGGGAUUUGUUUUUUGCUGUAGGUAAUAGAAGCCCAGCAAGCUGCAUUUUAUAGGCCCCAAAAUGAAAGUGUGUUGUUGCCUUUACUAUUUUCUGAUCAGGAAUUAGGCUUGCGGGUCAAUGGGAGCAGCAGUGCUUUCUUUACAGAUUACAAAGCAAAAGAAAAAGGCAGCCUGAGGUGUGAAAGUCGACAAAGGCGCCUCCUCAAGAGAAGCUGAAGAGCCUUAAAGUGAUUUGUGAAUAAGAGCCAUUUAUUAAAUCCAAGAUCUUGGAUUGAAACAGCAGAGGCCUUCAUCACAAGGGCUUUCUUUUACUUUUCUUUCUGUCCUUUAAAAAAAACAAACCACAACCCUGUUCUUUUAUUAUAAGAAAAUUGCAGCAAAGGACACAAUUAUAAGAUGCCCAAGAACUCAGGAGAUAGCUUUUUAUAUGCUUCAAGAGGAGGACAGGCUGCUAUAUAUAUUUUUGUUAAUGCUGUGGGCACUCUGAUGGGGAAAAAGUAGAGUUAAAGGGGGGGUGAUGAAUUCAGUUAUGCAGCCCACUGAAGAGUGGUCAUGAUACCUCCAUCCUCUGACAGGUAUAAUUUGAUUUCUUCAUUAGCUAAUAUUAAGGUCUUCAUUCUGCAAAGACUUAUAGCAGGGGUGAGGAAUCUGUGGCUGUCUAGUUGUUGUUGGACUCCACCUCCCAUCAGCCCCCAGCCAGCAUGGCCAUUUGUCAGUGAUGAUGAGAGCUGUAGUUCAACAAAGGCUAGACAACCACAGAUUAUCUGGGUGGUAUGGCCUUUGAACACAUGCAUGAGUGGCAUGAUACUGGUGAUUCUUUCUGACCAAGGUAUCUUUGCAGAGUUAGGUCGUUGGGUGGAAGCAACCAUUACAGUCCUUUGCGUUACGGCAACAUAGCAGGGUAUCAAGUCUGUGGAUAUUCUAAUGUGGUUCUUGAAUAAAAGGUCAGGACCAAUGUGCUGUCAUCUUGUUAUCCCUUUAAAAUAAUACAACUUGCUUCCUAGUGAUUUGCAAAGCAAAUUGUUCAUUUUUGAAGGGUUUUAUGUGUGUGUGUUUUUAAAAUCAAGUGCCUUAGAAAAAUAUUUUCCCUUUACUUAGAGAUGUGUGAUGUAUCAAAAUACAAGGGAGGCAUUCACCCCUGCCCCUAUUCCUCUUCCUUUUCAUCAUCAUCAUCAUCUUCUUCAUCAUGAUCAUCAUUGGAUCUCUACUGGGUAGAGUUUUGUCCUUUUAAGUGGUCAGAUAUAUUUCUAGUGCUGUCAUGUGUACAGCUGUGCCAUGCUUGAGGUGUGUUGCAGACCAGUGGAAUAAAAGUUUACAAAUGCUAAGUUUCCAUUUUCAGUGCUUUUUGUUUCAGCUCUUGGCAGCUACCUUCAAGCCACUUUCUUAGGAGAAAUCAAAAUGGCUGAGAUGGAGGAAAGAUCUAAGCAGAGGGGGUAAUCAGCAGAAUUUUCAGAAAUCUGUGGUAAUUUGAGGAACAACACCAAACAGCCUACGACUAAACAUUUAGGCCAACAUUAUACUGCUGAGACGCUGGUGUAACAUCAUGUUUUGUGAUGUUGUGCUGGCAUAGCUGUUGAAAUGCAAUUUCCUAGGCAUAUAUGUAGUAGUCAGCAAGUGCUGGGGCCGCUUCACACAUUUUACUUAUUAGUGUACAUCUUGUCAGGGGCACACUAGGUAUUAAACAGGAUUUGCUUGCCAUGUCAUAUGUGAAAAGCCCUCACAGCAGCUUUGCAUGCAUGCUUACCCAGCUUUCGGCACAUGCAAUGUUCCCUCACUACAUAUACAAGUGGAUAAGCAAAGCACUCAUUUUCAGUGACAGGCUGACACCACAAUCCAGAACAGAGUUAGGUAUGCUAACCCAGGCACCUGGUUGGCCACUGUGAGAACAGGAUGCUGGACUAGAUGGGCCACUGGCCUGAUCCAGCAGGCUCUUCUUAUCUUCUUAUGCUUGAACCCAGUUAUUUCAGUGCAGUUAAUUCUGUGGUGAACCAUGAGCCUCAAAACAGUGGUUUUCAUACUGUGUUUUGGGGAACACUAGGGUUCUCUAGAAGCUUAUCAGGAGUUCCUCAAUGACAUCACUAACAAUGGUGGACAAGUGUCCCUGAAAAACAACUUGGCCUACUGCUACAAAUCUUUCCUAAAUUGCACAGCAGCACUGGGUGUCUUAGGUUUGUUCUAGAGCACACACACACACACACACACACACGAGUUCACACAGGACAAUCAACAUAAAGUCAGUGGCUCCUGUGAACUGAGUGUGUGUGCUUUAAAAUAUGGUCCAGAGUUCUGUGCAGGAGUUCUAUCACUGAUGGUCAGGACCUACCUCAGCAGAGGUCAACACAGAAAAGGUUCCCUGAUGGUAGAAAAAGUAUUGAAACCACUGUCUUUCUAGCAGGCUAGAUGCAGCACCAUAAAAGAGGACCCCUUCAUACAGUUAUUGUAUCUAUCCAUUAUAUUCCACUUACAACACCUUUCUCCCCCCCCCCAUCUUAAAGAAACACAGAGUAAUUUACAGGGUCAUUUUGCAGACCAGAUUGCUGCUACUGUCAUAAAAGAAAGGGCCAUGGGUCAGCCAAAGCUAACCACUUUUUAUGUCCCAUUGAUUUCAGUGGGAGAGAUAAGCAUGUGCUUACCUCUGGCUGGAUUGUGCCCCAACUUUAUUUCUCUUAUAAUUGUGUGCAGGAUGAAAGAAGACAGGCUGUAUCUCUAAAGGUCACCUGACAGGAGUAAUAGAUAUAUUAAAAGGUAGAGUUGCUGUCUAUAGUAGACAUAGAGAGAGUGAGAGUUCGUGUAUACAUAUAUUUCAAUGCAUAUGUGUUUGCGCGUGCUUGUGAGUUCUCUGUAUGUGUGAUAUAUGUGUGUGAUUAUGUGGGACUACUUGUAUCUUUAAUCAGAGGCUGGAGGAUGCUACUGACCUUGGCAUGAAUUCAACAGAGAGUUCAGCACAAACUGCAUACUAAUGAAACCAGCUCCCUCUUGAAGAGUCCCAUGUUUUGUAUACCGUGUUGACUGGUACAGGGGCUUGGCUGUGUGCACUCAGUGAGCAGAAUCAGGCCAUAAUGCUGCAUAGCUGAUACCUCACUUAACCUCUCUGCUGGGUGCUUUACUGUUCUAAUGCAGAAAACUGUGUUUGAUUGUAUUUUUAACAGGGCAAGGAAAAUAUGGUGCAUAUAUUCAUGUCACUACAUCUUCAUCUGCAAAUAUAUGUUGUAUUUGCUUAUCCAUAUUCUUUGACGAUUUUCCCCUUUCCAAAGUGCACCAAAAAAAAAAAAACCAACCAACCCUGGGUUACCAAUGCCUUUGUUGAAAUAAGCAUUGCUCCCACCCCCUCAAGGUCAUCUUCCUCAUGGCGUAGUUGAUCCUUUGCAGGGAGUUGUUGACAAGGAAGCAUGGGGAUUAAAAGAAAAAAAUGGAAAAAUGGUAUACAGGAAACAGAAUUUCUCACAAUUUACCAGCUUAAGGCCGGUGGAAAAUGGUGCCAGAUUUAGGCAUGGCAGAGGUUUCAAACUGGAAGAGGUACAGGCAGCCGUGGCUGAGAAGAAACAUAGGCCAUCUGGAUCCCCCGGCCAUCGUAGCCCUUGUUGUGUUUAGAAGUGACACUUGGCUUUGCAUUCUUGUAUCUUUCAUCCAGGCUUAUCAUAGCUGGAACCAAAUCAAA